AGAGAAAACAAAGAAAGAAAAAAUGGAUCAAAGUUUGUACAGCAAGUGCUUGGUUAUUUUGUCGGUAAUGGGGAUGAUCGGAACAUCAUCUGCUGCAUAUGCUGGGGGCCCGUGGCGCCGUGCCUCAGCCACCUUCUACGGGGAUGAAACUGCCCGCGAAACCAUGGGUGGGGCUUGUGGCUAUGGCAACCUAUGGAACAGCGGCUACGGUGCAGCCACGUCGGCAUUAAGUACCGUGCUGUUCAACGAUGGUUACUCGUGCGGUCAGUGUUUCCAAAUAAGGUGUGUGUCGUCGCCUAACUGCUACUACGGUUCACCAGCAACCGUGGUGACUGCAACCAACAUAUGUCCACCGAAUUGGGGUCAAAAUUCCAACAACGGUGGGUGGUGUAAUCCGCCACGUGCCCAUUUUGAUCUGACUAAACCGGCUUUCAUGAAAAUCGCAAAUUGGAAAGCUGGUAUCAUCCCCGUCUCAUACCGGAGAGUGGCUUGCAAAAGGACUGGAGGAAUAAGGUUCAAAUUUGAAGGAAAUGGAUAUUGGCUUCUUGUGUACGUGAUGAACGUAGGUGGUGCUGGCGAUAUAAAGACCAUGGCCGUUAAAGGUAGCCGCACGAACUGGAUCAACAUGAGCCACAACUGGGGAGCUUCGUACCAAGCUUUCUCUUCUCUCUAUGGCCAAUCUCUCUCGUUUAGACUCACCUCCUACACCACUCGUCAGACCAUUUACGCUUGGAAUGCUGCUCCGGCUAGCUGGAGCGCCGGCCAGACCUACAAGAGCAAUGCAAAUUUCAGCUGAUUCGAUUGAAAAGGACAAAGUAACCGUUUUACUCUUUGUUCUUGAGGCAUAUCGAUCGAGAGGAUAUCUAAUUUUUAAUAACUCGAUUUGAUUGUAUGUAGUGGUAACUAAUUCUUGUGUAUUUUGUUAUGUCCAUCAAUGGUUUUGAGGAAAAGGAUGUCUCGUUCAUUGGCUUC